UCCCCAAAAUCCCACCCCUCUCUGUCUCUCUCUCUCUCUCUCUCUGUGCACAUCUCCUCUCUCUAAGCUGUCUUCCAAUCAAAUCACAGAAAAGGUGCGACGCUUUCUCUCUCCUAGGGUUUGUUCUCGAACCAGUGCGAGCUCAAUUCCAAUGGAGGACUUGUAGAUGGGCUUCAAUGUCGGAUCCUCCCUGCUCGAUCAUUCUCUGACUGUCAGUGUUUUUGCUCUGCAUUCGAAGGGUUUUGGCACUUGGGUCUUGGAAAUGUCCCAACGGACACUAAAAUGAGCCAGAUUGAAGUAUCGACGAUGAAAUCUCCUCUCACUCCACUUGCGACUCUGAUUGGUCGUGAGCUUAGGGGUGAGAAAGUUGAGAAACCUUAUUUGAAGUAUGGGCAGGCUGGUUUGGCGAAGAAAGGAGAAGAUUACUUUCUUAUAAAAACUGAUUGCCAAAGAAUUCAUUCGGAUCCGUCAACAUCAUUUUCUGUCUUUGCGAUUUUUGAUGGGCAUAAUGGUAUAUCAGCUGCUAUUUUUACCAAGGAGAAUUUAUUGGCUAAUGUUUUGAGUGCCAUUCCUCAAGGAACUAGUAGGGAUGAAUGGCUGCAAGCCCUUCCUCGGGCGCUGGUUGCAGGAUUUGUCAAAACUGAUAUAGAAUUUCAACAGAAAGGGGAAACUUCUGGUACAACAGUGACUUUUGUUGUGAUUGAUGAUUGGACUGUGACUGUUGCAUCUGUUGGGGAUUCUCGAUGUAUAUUAGACACCCAGGGAGGUGUUGUUUCACUCUUAACUGUUGAUCACAGGCUGGAAGAAAAUGAAGAAGAGAGGGAGCGUGUUACUGCCAGUGGUGGUGAAGUAGGAAGGCUCAAUAUUUUUGGGGGCAAUGAGGUUGGUCCCCUUCGCUGCUGGCCUGGUGGAUUAUGCCUUUCUAGGUCAAUUGGCGACACAGAUGUGGGAGAAUACAUUGUCCCAAUACCCCAUGUCAAGCAAGUGAAGCUUUCAAAUGCUGGGGGAAGACUUAUAAUAGCUUCUGAUGGCAUCUGGGAUGCUUUGUCUUCGGAUAUGGCUGCCAAGUCAUGUCGAGGAUUGCCUGCAGAGCUUGCUGCAAAGCUGGUCGUUAAGGAGGCUCUGAGGUCAAGGGGACUGAAAGAUGAUACAACCUGCGUAGUUGUUGACAUAAUCCCUUCUGGCCAUCCUGUCUUACCUCCACCACCAAUUAAGAAACCAAACAUGCUUGCUUCACUUAUCUUUGGGAAGAAAAGUCAAAACUCCGUGAACAAGACAAAUAAACUUUCUGCUAUCGGAGUUGUGGAGGAGUUGUUUGAAGAAGGUUCAGCAAUGCUUGAUGAAAGGUUGGGUAAGGAUUCUCCUCUGGAUGCAAAUUCGGGGAUUUUCCGUUGCGCAGUCUGCCAAGUGGAUCAGCCCCAAGUUGAAGGUUUAUCAGUAAACUCUGCGCCUUUCUUCUCCCCGGCAUCAAAGCCGUGGGAAGGCCCCUUCCUCUGCGCAAAGUGUCAGAACAAGAAAGACGCCAUGGAAGGAAAAAGACUGACCAGACCCACAGUGGUCUUGUAGUAAUUUACCCGAUUACGUUCUCUAAGUUGUAUUUUUUUAUCUGGCAGUGUGAGCAUAUGCUUGGUUUUCGUUUUUCAGGUGGUGACUAUUUAUAGAUGUGUGUAAGAAAUGAAGUUGAGAUAUGCAGAGUAAAGUAGGUGUUUUGCAGUGUGUCGAAACUUUGUGGCGAUUCUGGUUUAUGCUCGGCUGUUUGACUGACUGACAAAGAGUUGAAGUGUUAUCGCUAACAGCUUUAAUUUGUAAGUAAAUUGAAGGUUUGAGUAAUCGUUUUGUUAGAACGAAUCUAACUCAUUGUUGUUCCCUCUACUUACUGUGUUACAACAAAUGAAUAUAUAAUCGAUAGCCAAUUUUUUUUA